AUGGCUUUUGCAGGAAAGGUCAUAGCAAUCACUGGAGGUGCACAGGGCAUCGGCUUAGCAACGGCAAGGCUGGUUGCGAGCAGGGGCGCCUCCACUAGCAUACUCGACAACAAUCCAACAACAAUUGAGUCUGUGGAGAAGGAGUUUAUUGCAAACAAAUGGCCGAUUCACACAUUUACUGCAGAUAUUCGUCAAGCUGACCAGGUUGAUGCUUGGAUCGAGAGUGCCGUGAAGAGAUUCGGCCGUCUCGAUGGUGCGGUCAACGCUGCUGGAACAGUCGGGAAGUUUCAUGGCCAGAAGCCAAUAGCGCUUCUAGAUGACGACGAUUGGAACCUCGUUAUGGGUAUCAACGUCAACGGAAUGAUGCACUCCCUGCGUGCCGAAUUGCGGCAUAUGCAGUCAGGCGGAAGCAUAGUGAACAUCGCUUCAAACUUGGGUUCGAAAGGCGCUCCAGGUUGUGCGCCAUAUGCAACAUCCAAGCACGCCGUUAUCGGACUGACUAUGAGUGCCGCCCAUGAUUACGGAUCUCAUGGUAUAAGGAUCAACGUCGUGUCGCCAGGUGGGACUCAUGGGCCGUUGAUGAAGAGCGUGGUUGGUGACAUGCCUCCUCCACCUCCCUCUGUCUUGGGAAAGUACGGACAGCCUGAAGAGGUCGCUUUGCAGAUUGCGUGGCUUCUGGGGCCUGAGAGCACUCAUAGCUCGGGCAGUAUUUUCCGGGUUGAUGGCGGGGAGUUUUGUUAG